AUGAAUUCAAACAACAGUGAAAUAAGUAAUGAUACGUUUACUUUUUUCGGUCCGAUUGGCAUGGCGUUUUACGACGACGGUACGGUGUUAGAUGACGCCGACUUCAUCAAGACUAUUAUAAGCUUUUUCUUAGGAGUUUCAAUGGUACUCAGCAUAGUUGGGAACGUCUGUACUUGUGCUGUAAUCACCAGAGAUAAGACUAUGAGAACUCCGACAAACUGCUACCUUUUCAAUCUUGCCAUCACCGACCUCUGUUUGGCAUUAUUCGCACCCAUAGAAAUUUACAUUAUUUGGGUACCAGAUAUGUAUCCAUUUGGCGAAGUAGGAUGUCGUCUACAUUUUUUUCUCUACGACUGUCUCUGUAACUGCAACGUUCUCACAAUAGCAGCAUUCACCGUAGAAAGAUAUCUCGUUGUGUCCAAACCUUUCUUGGGACAAAAAUUGGCGUUGAAAUCGAGAGUUUUCAAAAUAAUCGCCGUGAUCUGGGCUGUGGCAUUUAUAUUUUGCAUACCCGAUGUAUUUUACAUAGACUUAUUGGAAAGAAAGAAAUAUGUAUACUGUUACAUCACUGUCGCUGAUCCAGUCAGAAUAGUUAUGGCCAUGGAAGUGAUUGUAUUUUUUGUUAUGCCGAUGUCGAUAAUAUUUUUGCUAUAUGUACUUAUAGCUGUGAAACUGAAAACGGCAAAUCAAAGUUUAAGAAGCAGUCCUGCGAAUAGUAAACAGCAUCGAGACAAAGCAGUGAAAAUGUUGGCUGCAGUGGCUGCAUCUUUUUUCUUUUGCUGGUCGCCAUAUUGUAUGAUGCGUUUUAUGAUCAUACAUCCUGAAUACAAAUAUGAAGAUUACUACAUUAUUUGGCGAAUAGUGAACUACUUAUGUUACAGCAGCUAUCUAUCGAGUGCUGUAAAUCCGAUUCUUUAUAGUUUAAUGUCAUACAAAUUUCGGCACGCUUUUAAAGUACGUAUAUUACAAUCGUGUUUUAUUUUACUAUUAAAUUACUUGUUGCACAAAUAACAUUUAUUUUAAAAGAGUUUCAUGAAAAAUUCAGAACAUAAAUCAGUUUCUGUAACAAUAGGUUUCAGUAAAAGUACUACAAUAAGAAAAGUCAACCCAGUAAACAUUUCAAGUGUUUUUUCGUGCACCACGAUAUAAAUAAAUAAAUAUUUCUAACACGCACACCAAUUAGCCCCAAAGUAAGCACUGUAAAGAUUUGUGUUGUAGGAUACUCGGGUAACCGGCAAUCUGUAUAAUCCGGCAUUCUAUACAAUACCUAGGCAAUGUAUAGAAUGAAAAAACAUCAAGGCAAUGUAUGAAAUAAAAUUCAUUCUAUACUUUGCCUAGGUAUUCUAUACAAAAGAAGAUGGCGAGUUGACUUUUCCUUGUUUUAUUUAUUGUUUUAUUUAUAUAAUAUCUAUCAGGUGGCUGGCGCUUCAUCGGCCGCUGCCGCGGCACACUCGCUUUGCUCGCUCAGCGCGCGCUAAGUUUAGGUCACAACACUAACUUAACCUAACACUGUGAUUCGGUGAAACGUUCAUUAGCCUAUAGUUCAUUAGGUGAAAAUUAUAAAAUCCGUCCGUCAUUUUGUAUCCAACUGGUUAGUUUUGGUGAGGAUAAAUACAGACCAAAUCUGUUUAUAUUUAUUUUACACAUUGACGAUGAGCCAGCAGGUAUUCUAAAUAAUCCCUAGGAAAUUUAUACAUUACUAGAUAAUAAAAGUAUAAAAUCGAAAAUAAUAUUUAUAAUAUUUCAUACAUUGCCUAGACGCAACAGGCAUUCUAUACAUUACCUAGGUAUUGUAUAAAAUACCUGAAUUAUACAGAUUGCCGGUGACAUAUAAACUGAUACAUACACACCGUGAAUUUUAAGUUACCCUAGAAACUUUACUAGCUAAUUCAGACAACUGUUUAGGUUAUAUUCCACAACAAAAAAAAAACUUUUUUUUUUUCGAAAAAAAUCACGUUAAUUUACUAAUUGUGUAAUUAUGUAACUUCCACAAUUAGAAUUUUUAUAAAUUGAUGAAAGUAAAAUUAAUUUUAGGAUCUACGUAUUUCAAACGGAUAAUUAUUUCAUAAUAGGUAUGUUAUUUACAAAUUUGCUGAGUUUUAGGAUUUAGUACGUUUACUAUUUAUAACUGUUCGCACUAUUUUUAUUUACACGACUUUUAAUUUGUUCAGUUAAUUCAAAGAUCACGGUGUAUAUACCAAAGAAGCAAAGUAUUAUAUUUUGUUAUUUAGUAAUACACACAAACAUUUGCCCCACCGGUAUUCGAACCCGUGACCUCUGAGUAGGCGAUCUUGAAAACCAGCGUAGGUGUACCACUCGAGGCACAGAGACCGACAAAAUUGUAAAGUAAAAACGUAACGUGUAAGUAAAAAUGAAAUGCUAAUAGUGUAGUACGUGGGAGAAGUAUGAGGAUGCUGUGCAGGUUCACCGCCGCCAAAAGAACAAUGCAGUUGACUGAGACAACAGUUUUAUUGAACCACAAUACGAAGAUAACAAACUGUUACUUUAAUUCACCCAGUGGUGACUCACUAGCGUGGGUGCAGAACCAGGUGCCAGUACUUAUUAAGAGUGGGGAGCAGAUCAAGACCGAGAAAGAAUCAAUAUAGCUUGGUUGCAACCUCGGUGCUAUUCCCUGUCUGUACAAAAUUUGAUCUUAGACUAUAUACAAUUUUCGAACACAAAGGCAAGCGUGAUUCAAAUGACAGGCAGCGCCAUUUAGUAAUGACUAUCGGAACUAAUUAAAUAACGUUGUUUGAAUGUAUGUUUUAAUGUUUGUGUGUUACAAUAGUAAAAAGAUUUCUUAAAAAAAUGUUUAAAAAGAAAAAAAAUAAUUAAUUACAGGGAUACUGUACGAGUAUCGUGAUCAUAAUAAUAUCCCUAUUUAAUUGACAGCAGCAUCUCUCAAUAUUUUCAUUCUCAAUUGGUAAUUAUUCAUGGAAGUAAAUAAUAGUUAAGUAUGUAUACAAAACAUACAAGCCCUCUACCAGCCCCCCUAGCAUGAGCACCGCGAUAUGAUAUAUAACGCGUUUUUAUCACGCUCAAUUGUCAAAUUGCUAUGGAGUUUGACAGUUAGACGCGACAAAAAACGUGUUGUAAUGUAAAUUGUGGUGCUCAUGCUACGGGGACUGG